AUGCCUCCGAUACUUCCACCACCCGACGAGCAAGAGUACGAUCAGCCCUUGACAAUCGAUGGCCUACCAGGGCGCGACCUGGCCGCUGGGAACAACCUCUUCUUCUAUUUCACCUCGUCGCCAUGGUUCGAUCCGGAAGACUGUAUCAACAUAGCCAUCUUCACCAAUCUCAAUCUCCAGGAUCCAGCCAAUGCCCAGACUAUUAUGAACGAUCCAAAACUAUGGAAUCAGCGAAUCAAAGAGACACCUAAAGGAAUACAAUAUGUCAUAGCAGGCGAAGGGCAGGGCGACGGUCACCCAUGGCUACUCCAGCGGCAACACAAGGCCGAAGUCACAAAGGAUGAUGGCAGCAAGGAAAUCGGCAUGUUUGUCGAGGGCAACUGGUACACGCACGGAACAAAGGUCCUCAUGGCGCCGAGCUUGCUGGACGUGGUGCAGAGUCGAUUGCUCACUGUUGCGACGCGCAUGGAGCAGAUGGCUGAGAUAUCAAAGAACAUGACGCACUGGACACCUGCAACGGGGUACUCGUACUUUCCUCCCUCGCAUGAAACUUCAAAGGCUGCGACGACGGCCAGUCGAAUCGGUAGUCCGACACUGGCGCCAACGGACCCAGAUGUUGCAGGCUCGCAGUCACAAGGCGCCGGAGCGGGUGCAACUUCACAGACGACAGAUCCACUGGCAUCCACCACCGAGUUCUCUGAUGCCUUGUUCAUGCAUUCCCUCAAUCUCACAAACGCGUAUGGAGACGAAUACAUGGACGAGAAUCCACUCAAGGGCGAGCCGGGCGCGUUUGUUUUCGAGGGCACCAAGACUGCUGUGAGCGCGAGGAACAAGGCACAGGAACAAGCAGCGCAAGCAUCUCUGUCUGCACCGCCCGCGGGACUGAAGAUCGAGACUCAGCCGCCGAGCGUGGCACCGUCUGCUGUGGGUACACCAAGAGGGGUAGCGACGCCGACUACUGCGGAGACACAGGGGAAGAAGGGGGCUAUUGGUGCUGCGCCGAAGAAGAAGAAGGAUAGAAGGAAGAGCCAGGGUGGGCUGACGAGUCCGACUACGCCGAGUGUGUCACAUCUCGCCCCUGGUCUCCAAGAAAAGAUGGUUCUUAGAAAGGUUGUCACAACAUGCUCUCAGCCCAACACCAGUCACCACGAAGCACAAGGUACCGUCAUCGACAAUCCAAACCAUGAGGUAAACCCCAGGAAACAACCCCAAGACUUCCUCCCCGUCCCCAACCCAAUGACCAGCUACUGGCUCAAACAACCCCAUCCCUACGCCAAACUCCGCACAACACCGCACCUCCCCGUCUCCUGCGACAUCGCCAUCAUUGGCUCCGGAAUGGCUGGCAUUCUGGCCGCCUACCAUAUCCUACAGACCUCGCAUACCAAUUUCCUCCAGACUGGUACACCCAUGCCUCGCAUUGUCCUCCUAGACGCACGGGAUCUCUGCAGUGGCGCCACAGCCCGUAACGGCGGGCACUCCAAAGUCAAAACAGCCACGCUCACCAGUCUCGCGGAUGGCGUUGCCAGAACAGCCUUGCAAGACUACGUCCACCGCACCCACGUAGAGCUGAAAGCACUCGUCGACGCCGAAGGUCUCGCAGCAAAGUGUGAAUUCGAGUUACGUCGCAGUUUUGAUGUGUUUCAAGAUAAGGAGGAGUUUGAGGGCGUGAAGAUGGCAUAUGAUGAAGAUGCGAGGGUAGGGCAAGGUUGGACCAAGAGGACGAGCGUGGUGCCUGGGGAGUGGGUGGAGAGGAUCACAGGGGUGAGGGGGUCCGUCGGGGCGUUUAGCGUUGAAAGUGCGAGUUUCUGGCCGUACAAGCUUGUGUGUGGGGUGCUUGAAAGAAUGGUGGAGAAAUUUGGAGAGGUAUUAAAUGUACAGAUGAAUACGGUCGUGACUCGACUUGCCUCUUCCCCAUCGACAGCCAGUGUUGAGAGGACGUCCCGCGAAGUCAGUACCACCACCACCACCCGAGUGGUGAACAUAUUGGAAACACCCCGAGGUACUCUCACGGCGAAAAAAGUGGUCCUCGCAACAAACGCGUACACAGCCUCUCUCCUCCCUUCCUUCAGCAAGACGAUUAUACCAUACAAAGGCAUGAAUAGUCACCACGCGCCUUCUCCAUCCGCAUCAUCUUCCUCGCCCCAUUCAAACCACACCAGCCACGCCACACAAUCUCACUUGAACAACACCUACAACAUCCACUUCUCCCCGCUGUCCCCGAAACACCCCACCGGAUGCGACUACCUAAAUCCCCGCCCGGACGGCUCCAUCGUCGUCGGAGGCGGCAGCUGGUUCUACCAGAACAAGCACAACGAGAAACACGAUAGUGAUGAUGAUGAUCCAUAUGCCUGGCUCAACACGGUAGACGACAGCACAGAAACUGGACAUUUCCCAGCAGACGUGUAUGCGCACUGGACACACUACAUGUCCAACACUUUCUUCAGCCAUCCUCCUCCAUCAUCUUCUUCGUCUCAUUUCGAACCAGAUAGUAUCUGGACAGGUAUCCAGGGUAAGACGAACAAUGGCAUGCCGCACAUCGGACGGGUUCCUCCUCCUGCUGAGAAAAGAGACAAGCAGCAGCAGCAGCAACAGCAGUGGAUGUUGGCCGGUUUCAACGGCGGAGGCAUGGCACUGAUUCCCCUAGCAGCCAAAGCAGUGGCGAAGAUGGUGCUACGGGAUUUGGACUUUGAACAUGUGCAAGACGAGUUUGGACUGCUUGAGGGCAUGGGCACAGGGGAUGCGAGGAUGGUGUCGUGA